AUGUCCAAAAGCUGGUUUGUCUAUAUGAAUGCGAUACCCUUCCUCGCGUGCGGUGGUGUCUUGUCACGUCUCCUGUUAAGUCCCUUUGGAAUGGAUCGAUCAGGUUGGACUUACGGGUUGGAUGGAGCGCUUCUAAAGGCAACUAGAAUAACAGGAGUUCGGAACUUCAAUGUAAAUGAAUUCGGACUUGUACCGAUUAGGGUAGCUCUCUGGGGACCAUUUGUUCUGCUCAGCUUGGAAAAGAAGUUGCCUCAUUCAGAAGCUGAUAGCAACAUUGUAGGAAAUGAAUGGCUUGGCAGUUCGUGUGAGAUGCUGAGUACCGGUGGUGUCAACUCUUUCCUGAGUUAUGUAUGCAGACGCAGAUACACCAUUGAAUGUAACUGGAAGGUUUUCUGUGACAACUACUUGGAUGGUGGUUAUCAUGUACCAUAUGCACAUAAAGGUCUUGCAUCUGGUCUUGAGCUUGAGUCCUAUUCGACCACAAUAUUUGAGAGAGUGAGCGUUCAACAAUGUGAGGGCAGUUCUGUGGAAAAUGGUGAUGGUUUUGACAGGCUUGGAUCAAAAGCUCUAUAUGCUUUCAUAUAUCCAAAUUUCAUGAUCAAUAGAUAUGGGCCCUGGAUGGACACUAAUCUUGUACUCCCACUAGGUCCUAGAAAAUGCCAAGUCAUAUUCAACUACUUUCUGGAUGCUUCUCUUAAGGAUGAUAAAUCUUUCAUUGAGAAGAGUCUAGAAGAUAGUGAAAGAGUACAGAUGGAAGAUAUCAGUUUGUGUGAAGCUGUUCAAAAGGGCCUCGAAUCACCCGCAUACUGUAGUGGCAGGAUGUUACACACAGUCUGAACUCAAGUUUCAGCGAUAUGUGACUUUACUGAGAUGUCCUCAGCCUUAAUCCCAUUGAGUUUCGGGAGGUUGAGCCGGCAUGCUCGGUCGAGUGCAUUCCAUAAGAAGUGGUUCAAAAAUUACGCAUAACAGUUGAUGAGAUCCUCGUACACCUUGAGAAGUUCGUCAGUCGAAAUGAUCAAAUCCUUGGCCAACGUGUUGAACAAUUCGGCUGCCUCCUUGUCGGUCCCAAUGAAGUUGUCGAUAAUACCAUUCGAGCUCAAAAGUUUGAUAUCCU